UAUAAUUAUAUCAAAUCAACACCUGAAUAUCAAGAAAUUUUAAAUUCGUACGGCGAAUUGAUGUUUAACUUAACCAUGCUAACAAGCGUAGAAAUAAAGGAUUUUAUGGAUAUGUUUCAAUUAUUUCAUAAAAUUAAAGCAAUGGAAUCUAUGAAUCAAUCAUUAUCAUACUGGAUGAAGGAUAUUUUAUCCAAUGAUUUCUUUAUCAAUGCAGUCUUUCUACAGUACGAUUUUUAUAAAUUCACGAACUGGACAAGGAAAGUUAAUGGUGGCUCUCUCGUAAGGAAAAUUAUCGAUGAUAUGAUAGAUAAGAUCGAACAUAAUAGUAUCAAUAGGCGUAAAAUAUUUUUGUACGGCAGCCAUGAAUUAUUUAUUGCUAGUGUUUUACAAACUCUGAAGAUUUGGAAACCUCACAUACCUCAAUAUUCGAGUGCUAUUGUCAUAGAACUACGUGAAUAUCGGGAUAAAAAUUUUGUCAAGAUUUUAUAUUAUGAUGGAUUACAAUCAAUACCCAAAGAAAUGCAAAUACCUGGCUGUCCAAGUCUUUGUCCAAUAUCGAAAUUUAUACAGUUAAUAUCUGAUCAGUUACCAAAUUACAAUGAAAUGAUAUGCGAUGACAAGCCUAUUAAAUUAUAA